AUGGCUUCCACAACCUCCAAGAUCGGCCAUGGCCUUGCGAAGAUCUUGGGGAUCCAACUUCAUUAUCGCAACGAAACCGGUUCCGAGCGGGUAACUCGGGGAGAAAGCGUCUUCACAAUCGACUCGGCCGACGCGUACGUCGAGCAUGAGCCCACCGCCAGGGAAUGGCUACAUGAAGUCAUCCCCACUGGUCAGGAACUCGGCGAGUACGCUUACAGCCUGUUUCCCUUCAUUCACUGGAUUGGCCGGUAUAACCUGCAAUGGUUCAUCGGGGAUCUCGUCGCAGGUCUGACUGUUGGCGCUGUUGUCGUCCCGCAAUCCAUGGCGUACGCAAAGCUGGCGCAGCUUCCCGUCGAGUUUGGGCUCUACUCUUCCUUCAUGGGUGUCCUCAUCUAUUGGUUCUUCGCUACAUCAAAGGACAUCACCAUUGGCCCUGUCGCGGUUCUCUCUACGGUCACUGGUAACGUGGUCCUGAGCGCUGAAGCCAAACUGAAGGACGAGGGCAUAUCGCGAGACAUCAUUGCAUCCUCCCUUGCCAUUGUAGCUGGUGCCAUCGUACUUUUUCUUGGUCUUAUCCGAUUGGGCUGGAUCGUUGACUUGAUCUCUCUGCCAGCCAUCUCGGCUUUCAUGACUGGAUCCGCCAUCAGUAUUGCUGCGGGACAAGUGCCAGCCAUGAUGGGUAUCACUGGUUUCUCAACCAGAGAGCCGACUUACAAAGUGAUCAUCAACAUCUUCAAGUACCUCGGACGGACUGAUAUCAAUGCCUCCUUUGGACUGACGGCUUUGUUCCUGCUAUAUGCCAUUCGCUUCUCUUGCAAUCAGCUGGCUAAGCGCUUUCCCACCCGAGCAAAGUUGUUCUUUUUCCUCAACACUUUGCGAACUGCCUUUGUCAUUCUACUCUACGUCCUGUUUAGCUACCUGGCGAACCGACAGCACAGGGCUAAUGGCACUAAGCCUAUCAUUACAACCCUAGGAUCUGUACCUCGCGGGUUCAAGCACGCUCGCGUCCCCAAUAUUACCACCGACAUGGUCAAGGCAUUCUCCACCGAUCUUCCAUCUGUGGUCAUCGUCCUGUUGAUCGAGCACAUCUCCAUCGCCAAGUCUUUCGGCCGGGUGAACAACUACACUAUUAAUCCUUCGCAAGAACUCGUGGCCAUCGGUGUUAGCAACUGUCUUGGCCCCUUCCUCGGUGCUUACCCGGCGACUGGAUCCUUCUCCCGAACAGCUAUCAAAUCAAAAGCUGGUGUGCGCACUCCCUUUGCUGGUGUCAUCACCGCUGUCGUGGUCCUCCUCGCCAUCUACGCACUCCCUGCCAUGUUUUGGUAUAUCCCAAACGCCGCACUCUCAGCCGUCAUUAUCCACGCUGUCGGUGAUCUGAUCACACCGCCAAAUACUGUCUACCAAUUUUGGAGAAUUUCUCCUCUUGAGGUCUUCAUCUUCUUUGCAGGUGUCAUUGUUACAGUGUUUACCACGAUUGAGAUUGGUAUCUAUGUAACCGUAUCAGUAUCUGCCGCCCUAUUCGGCUUCCGAGCGUUCAAGGCCAAGGGACGAUUCAUGGGGCGAGCCAAAAUCCACUCCGUCGUUGGUGACCAUGUGCUAGACCCACAUGAUGAUGAUAAGAAACGGCCAAGUGGACGCAAGACCCCAGCAGAGAACGAGGAUUCUGUCCGUGAAGUAUUCCUACCCCUCGAUCACCAGGAUGGCUCCAACCCUUCGAUACAACUGCUGGAUCCUUACCCAGGUAUCUUCAUCUACCGAUUCAGCGAGGGCUUCAACUACCCCAAUGCCAACCAUUACCUCGAUCAACUCACAGACACCAUCUUCCAAAAGACCCGCCGCACCAACCCAGCAGGCUUUGCCCGCCCCGGCGACCGCCCAUGGAACGACCCCGGUCCGCGUCGUGGCAAGGAGACCUCUGACGCCGAUGGGCGACCCACACUCAAAGCCAUCAUCCUCGACAUGUCCUCUGUCAACAACGUCGACCUCACAUCGAUCCAAAACCUCAUCGACGUCCGCAACCAACUCGAUAAAUACGCCGCCCCCGACACCGUCGACUGGCACUUUUGCAACAUCAACAACCGGUGGACCAAGCGCGCGCUCGCCGCCGCUGGCUUCGGCUACUACACCCCCGACAACGAAAAUGGCAUCACCCACCGCUGGAAACCCAUCUUCAGCGUCGCCGAAAUCGGCGGCUCCUACUCUGCCGCCGCCGAAGCGGAAGCGGAAGCUAAUCGCCGCGCCCAACGCACUCUGAGCCGCUCGCGAAGCCAUGAUAUCGAAGCUACAGCCCAACAACAGGAGCAGCAGCAACAACAGCAUUCAGAGAGCGAGGGCAACAGCGACGCCGGCAGCUUGAGCAAGCAACUCCAGUACAGCACGGCGUAUGGUGCGACGGACACACAGGUCAAGAGUGGACGGGUUGCAGUGGUGCAGGGCCUGAAUCGGCCAUUAUUCCAUGUCGAUGUUACGGCUGCGCUGAAUAGUGCGCUGGCGAAUGCGCAGAGGAAAAGUCAUUAG